GAGACCCGCCACACCUCUCACCCCUACCCCGGGGAUCCAGCCGGCCACUUCCGGAUGGCCGUGGCCGAGGAGUCCCUGGGCUCGGUCUCCCUGCAGUUACGGGUGUCCCCCUUCUCCCCAUUCGGGCUCCGGCGGAGGAGGGCGCAGCUGUCCACCUUGUCCCCCUUCCCCCACCGUUUGGUACCUUCUCGGCUCCCCUGCAGAGAAGCGGAGGCCCACGCUUCCCGGACGCGGGGUCCACUCUCACCCUACCCUGGAGUCCAAGGGUCAGGAGGCUGGGAGGUGACCCCCGGCUCUCUAGACCCACGCGGGCAAUCCAGGCGGGGCUUGCGUGCUGGUGGGGGUGGGGGUGGAGGGAGCCUGUCUCGCCGCCCCUGGGGCCGUCCACGUCCCGGACUUCUCAGGAUCUACUUUACCAGCUGGCUAGUGCGGGCGCCCACUACCCUCGGCUUCCUGCGGUCCCCGAAGAAGAAGAAGAAGAAGGCAUUGCUUUCCUCCUUCCAAGAGGUCCUGCAGAAACUGGGGAAGGCUGACGAGACUAAGGACGAGCAGUUUGAGCAGUGCGUCCAGAACUUCAAUAAGCAGCUGACAGAGGGCACCCGGCUGCAGAAGGAUCUCCGCACCUACCUGGCUUCCGUUAAAGCCAUGCACGAAGCCUCCAAGAAGCUGAGUGAGUGUCUCCAGGAGGUGUACGAGCCCGAGUGGCCAGGCAGGGAUGAAGCGAACAAGAUUGCAGAGAACAAUGACCUACUGUGGAUGGACUACCACCAGAAGCUGGUGGACCAGGCCCUGCUGACCAUGGACACCUACCUGGGCCAGUUCCCUGACAUCAAGUCACGCAUUGCCAAGCGGGGGCGGAAGCUGGUGGACUAUGACAGCGCCCGGCACCACUAUGAGUCUCUCCAAACCGCCAAAAAGAAGGAUGAAGCCAAAAUCGCCAAGCCUGUCUCGCUGCUUGAGAAAGCCGCCCCCCAGUGGUGCCAAGGCAAACUACAGGCUCAUCUUGUAGCUCAAACUAACCUGCUCCGAAAUCAGGCAGAGGAGGAGCUCAUCAAAGCCCAGAAGGUGUUCGAGGAGAUGAAUGUGGAUCUGCAGGAGGAGCUGCCGUCCCUGUGGAACAGCCGUGUAGGUUUCUAUGUCAACACGUUCCAGAGCAUCGCGGGUCUGGAGGAGAACUUCCAUAAGGAGAUGAGUAAGCUCAAUCAGAACCUCAACGACGUCCUGGUCAGCCUGGAGAAGCAACACGGUAGCAACACCUUCACGGUGAAGGCCCAGCCCAGUGACAAUGCGCCUGAAAAAGGGAACAAGAGCCCCUCACCGCCUCCAGAUGGCUCCCCCGCUGCUACCCCUGAGAUCAGAGUGAAUCACGAGUCAGAGCCGGCCAGUGGGGCCUCACCUGGGGCCUCCAUCCCCAAGUCCCCAUCCCAGCUCCGGAAAGGCCCACCUGUCCCUCCGCCUCCCAAACACACCCCGUCCAAGGAGAUGAAGCAGGAGCAGAUUCUCAGCCUCUUUGAUGACGCGUUUGUCCCUGAGAUCAGCGUGACCACCCCCUCCCAGUUUGAGGCCCCCGGGCCUUUCUCAGAGCAGGCCAGUCUGCUGGACCUGGACUUCGACCCGCUGCCGCCAGUGGCAAGCCCUGUGAAGGCACCCACACCCUCUGGUCAGCCAAUCCCGUGGGAUCUCUGGGAGUCCACAGAGAGUCAAGCUGGCAUCCUGCCUUCCGGGGAGCCCAGUUCUGCUGAGGGCGCCUUUGCUGUGGCCUGGCCCAGCCAGACGGCCGAGCCAGGGCCUGCCCAACCGGCAGAGGCCUCCGAGGUGGUGGGUGGAGCCCAGGAGCCCGGGGAGACAGCGGCCAGUGAAGCAGCCUCCAGCUCUCUGCCGGCCGUGGUGGUGGAGACCUUCUCAGCAACCGUGAACGGUGCCGUGGAGGGCAGCGGUGGGACUGGGCGCUUGGACAUGCCCCCGGGCUUCAUGUUCAAGGUGCAAGCCCAGCACGAUUAUACGGCCACUGACACGGACGAGCUUCAGCUCAAGGCUGGCGAUGUGGUGCUGGUGAUCCCCUUCCAGAACCCAGAGGAGCAGGAUGAAGGCUGGCUCAUGGGAGUGAAGGAGAGUGACUGGAACCAGCACAAAGAACUGGAGAAAUGCCGGGGCGUCUUCCCGGAGAAUUUCACGGAGCGGGUGCAGUGACGGACGGACGGACAGAUGGCCGAGCCCCCGCAGCCUUCCGGUGUGUGAAGAACACCUUUCCCCAAAAGAUGUGUGCUUUUCCUUUUCUUUGUUUUUCUUCCUCUUUUCUGUUUUUGUUUUGAAACUCUUGAAAAGUGUCGGGGAGUCGGGGAGUGGAGAACUAAGCCAAGAGUCUUUCCCCAGAGAUGAGGUGGGUUUCCAAAGAGCCGUCCGGCCCAGUUCAGUGGACUCCUCCAGUGUUCCCGAAGCUGCCGUGUCCCUCUAGUUGAGUUCCUGGUGCCCGCAUGUUCAGGGCGGGCCUGGGGCGCAGAGCCACCGCCGCGCUUGCCUGAUGCUUGGCCGUGCCACCCGGCAGGGCUUGGGUCCUCUUCUGGCAGCUGCCGUGGGUGGGGCCUGCGCACUGGCCCAGCCUGGUCCCGCUCUGCAGACCACCUGUGUGCUGUUUGAAAAUAAGCCCUAGUGUUCAAAAUGCAGCGAAACAACAGAAACCUGACAAAAAACCA